AGGCGUGCGGAAACAUAUUCCUGAGAAUGAGUGGAAUUGCAUAUCAAUUAGUAACACGUACCAUACAAACUCCUCCCAUUUCAAAUGCAAAAGCCCGCCUCUGUCUUCCCUUUAUUCCUUCUCCCAGCCAAAAGCACACACAUUAUAUUCAAAUCUCUCAACUUUCUUUUUCUUUCUUCUUUUUUCCUGCCAACUCUUUAUUCUUUUUCUUCCAUUCUUCAAAUUCCUCUUACCCUUUUAACUCCAUCUUUUACAGUUACACACUUCUUUCUUCUCUCUCUCUCUUUUUUCAAACAUGAAACUAUUGCCAUCUCCUUCCGUUUCGUCUUCCUCCUCCACUACUAUUACUACUAUCCCUUUUGAUGCAAAUAUGUGCACUCCAAAAACUUCUACCGCUAGUUGCCUUUCAGGCAUUUUGCGUCGACUUCUCUGCUCUCGCAGCCUCCCUACCUACCCUUCUGAUCAAAUCACAGACGACUCCACUUCAAUGCCAUGCGACAUCAAGCAACAAGGCUUUGCCACCUCAUUUGAGGCUACUGCUACUAAUCCUGGCAUUGUGGCUAGGCUCAUGGGCUUGCAAUCUUUACCUGACUACGCCACUUCAGUACCAAGAACCCGAUCCUUGAAUUCUGCGGAAUUUCCAGAUGAGAUUGAUCAAAUGAAAGGGCACCACAGACGGGUUAAGAGCUUGUCAUUCCAUGAAAUGCCAACUAUUCUUGAGCUAGAAAAUGAGCAAUUCUUUGUUCUUAGCUUCGAGAAAAGAGGUGACGAUAAAAAAACUAGAUCCAAAGAGAAGAAAAGUGAAGUGGGCUUUGGAGAAUGUAGGGAGAGGAGAAGAGAAAAAAGUAAAAACAAGGAAAACGGAAAUGAAAACGUACUAUUCAAGAACGAAGACGAAGAGAUCAUCAACAAGAUGGUCUUAAGAGUACUCAAUGAGAAACAGCUGACUGAGAGGAUACCAGAAGUGCUGCCUGAUCAAGAAAUCGGCAAAUUCAGCAAAAUUGAAGAUUCAGCUAAGUCUACUCCACCUUUGAAGGACUUGCGCGGGGCAAGAAAAGCUGCCUCUGCCUUGCAUGAAUCAAAGAAAACAGGUAGGAUAAGCUGUGAUAAGGACCUCCCAGAUGGAGCAAAAUUCACGAGGAGAAAGAAAAUGAGAAAUAGGCGCAGAUUGAAAAAUGAAGAACAAGAGGAAUGCAGUUCGGAAGAUUCCAGUCCUGUUUCUGUUCUUGAUUUUGAUCAAUUCAUCGUUGAUCCUGAAGCUCCCACAUCAGAGGAACAUACUGCUUCAAGGAGGAAAUUGUCAUCAAGACUCGACGAUCACAAUCAAUUAUUGCCUAGGAAUAAUAAUCUCAGCAGUGGAGAUGAUCUGAAUUCAAAGAGAACCGAAGAAACAUGUCAUGGAUUAAGUAACGCAGAUUGUCAUACUCAAAUUGACUUCAAUAUGUGGGGUGAAAUUUGCCAGCUUGCUGAAGCUCAAGUAAUUGACUCUAUUUGGACGCAGCAAAGGGCUUGGAAAUUCCAAGAUUUUGAAGACAUUAGUGCAGAUUUUGGGUUACAAAUUUUAAAUGAGUUGUUUGAUGAACUCGUAGAUCAACUUGCUUCACUGCAGGAGGAAUAAGAACAAAAGAAAAAAAAAAAAAUAUUAUUGAACUUGUAAGAUGAUAACUUGUGUAAAUUUUAUAGCAUUCAUAAGAAUCUCUAAAUCUUUAAUUAGUUCUGAUAAAUUUAUAAAUAAAGAAAAAAAUAG